AUGUCUGUUGUCAAUAGUUCUACCCUCUACCCCCGCUUUCUCCUGACUGGCUUCCAAGGCCUUGAAAGCACAUACGGUUUGAUUUCUUUCCCCAUCUUCUUGGUUUAUGUUGCCUCAAUGGCAGGGAACAUUACCAUACUGCUCAUCAUCAGAACUGAGUCUUCCCUCCACCAGCCGAUGUACUAUUUCCUGUCUAUGCUGGCAUUCACGGACCUGGGUCUUUCCACCACUACCUUUCCGACCAUGUUCAGUGUAUUUUGGUUCCAAGUCCGGGAGAUCCCUUUCAAUACUUGUCUGGUUCAGAUGUACUUCAUUCAUGUUUUCUCAAUAAUUGAGUCAGCUGUACUCUUGGCAAUGGCCUUUGAUCGUUUUGUAGCAAUUCGUGAACCUCUACGCUAUGCAACCAUUCUAACCAAUGGUGUAAUCAUUGGGAUUGGUUUGGCAAUUGCUGGAAGGGCCUUAGCCUUGGUCUUCCCAGCUUCCUUCCUUCUGAAAAGGCUUCAAUAUCGUGCUCUCAAUAUUCUCUCCUACCCCUUCUGCCUGCACCAGGACCUCAUAAAGACAACUGUAUCCAGCCGCAGGGUCAGCAGCAUCUAUGGCCUCAUGGUGGUCAUCUUUUCCAUGGGACUUGAUUCGUUGCUUCUCCUCCUGUCCUAUCUCCUCAUCUUGGGCACAGUGUUAAGUAUAGCUUCCAAGUCAGAGAGAAUGAAAGCCCUUAAUACUUGUAUUUCCCAUAUCUGUGCUGUACUCACUUUCUAUACCCCAAUGAUAGGGCUGUCUAUGAUCCGUCGUUAUGGGCAGAAUGCAUCCCCAAUUGUCCAUGUGCUCAUGGCCAACAUAUACUUGCUAGUACCACCUCUCAUGAACCCCAUUGUCUACAGUGUGAAGACCAAGCAGAUUCGUGAUAGAAUCCUAAAGAAAUUCAAGAAACAUAAAGUAUAA